CCAUUCCCUUCCCUUCGUUCUAUAUAAUCCACCCUUUGCUUCUCACUUUCAUCCAACAAAGUCGAGCAUACGUCUCUUCCCUCUUCCAGUAGAAGUCAAUUUUUAGGAGACGCAUGGCUCAGGGAAGUGGCAGUGCCAACCGAGCUACCGCCGCCCUCGGGCUGGCCUUACUACUCUGCCUCCUCCUUGCUCACGCUGCCGACGCAGCUACCUACACCGUCGGCGACAGCGGCGGCUGGACCUUCAACACGGCCAGCUGGACCCGCGGGAAGCGCUUCCGCGCCGGCGACGUCCUCGUGUUCAGGUACAGCCCCUCGGUGCACAACGUGGUGGCGGUGAGCGCGGCCGGCUACAACGGCUGCUCGGCGCCGCGCGGCUCCCGGACUUACGCCUCCGGCAGCGACCGCAUCACCCUCGCCAGAGGCAGCAACUACUUCAUCUGCAGCAUCGCCGGCCACUGCCAGGCUGGCAUGAAGAUAGCCGUCGUCGCUGCCUGAGCUAUCUAUCUAAUUUAUCAGUAAUUUAUAUACUUCUCCGCAAUAUAUCAGCCAUCGAGUGACUUAAAUAAACAUACUUCGAUCCUGUCAACGCGAGGGGGCACCCUGUUUGUAUGGAUCAAGCUAGUUAAAAGUAGGAGACUAAUUUGUAUCAGAGAAAAGUUUGAGAAAAUAAUAUAAGCUGCUAUAUAUCACUUCUACUAUAA